AUGACGCGAUUUGGCCGUCGCAAGAGCUUCGGUAUUGCGUCGUCAUUGACAUCGUCGGCUUGGUCUUUCAAAACGGCAACCUUUCUUUUAAUGUGCUUGGCCGUGUGUGUCGCGACGCUCCUCGCGUUCAGUCAAGAACGUCUCUGGAUCAGUCUUCUCCACAAUCCAUCGGAAUCGUUCGAUCCCAUUGUCUGGCCGCAUCGACCCGCCUACGUGCCGACGUCCAAACCCUCCGACAAAGCCUACCGUCCAGCAUCGGCGGAAACCUACAUUCUCCAGCACUCGCAGCGGCUCGGCUACGAUACAUCACACGGACAGAGUGCAGCGGGUUGUACAAUAUGGAACGAUCCCUCCGAAUCGACAAUCUACAAAUCGUUGCACGCGUGGAAAAAGGAAGUCCGGGAUUACGCGGCGCGUGUACAGAACUUUACGUCCGCCGUCCCGGACGUUCGUCAGAUCGUGGAGGAUGAUCCUACCGUGUGCGAUACACUGCAACUACAUCCCGACGGUUGGUCCGGAUUGUUCCCUAGCGGACAGCUCUCCGAGACUACCCGUAUGGGAAUGGUAGAACCCCUGUUCGCACCGAUGCGCCAUCCCGGUAUUUGUGAGGACCCCACAAACAAGGAUCAACCCCGGAUGCUCUCCCUGGAUUACAUGGUGCACGAUUUUGCCGCCAUUUGCCGGACCCUCACACGCACAUCCCGUACCGUUUUGAUUGAUAUGGGCGCGAGUUUGGACUUUCACGGACACCACGCUAGUCCUGCCGUUUACUUGACCAACAUGUAUCACCGCUUUGGUAUGCCCUUUGAUCACAUUUAUUCCUACGAGGUCAAACCUACCGUGCCGGACAAGGUCUUUCGGCUCGUACCCAACGCACUCCAAGCCGCCUACCACUGGAUCAACGUUCCGGUCGACCCGGACCCCGACAGUCCGCGCAACCCCUUUCGCAUGCUUCUCGAAAAUUUUGAGCCCAACGAUUUUGUCGUUGUCAAGCUGGACAUUGACACGCCUAGUGUUGAAUGGCCCCUCGUGCAACAGUUGCUUCACGAUGAAACUCUCCAGACUCUGGUGGAUCAGUUUUAUUUCGAACACCAUGUACACUUGCUCGAGCUCAAUCGCUCCUGGAAACGUCGCGGGAUGGGUGGAUCCGUCCAAGAUUCCCUCCAGCUUUUUCACGCACUACGCUCACAUGGCGUCGCGGCACACUUUUGGGUUUAG